AUCCCCUUCCCACUCCAUCCCUUUCUCCCCCCACCUCUGGUUCCUUCUCCUCCUCCCUCUUUCUUUCUCUCAGAGUAAGCUGAGGAAAAGACACAAGGCGACGAGUGGGCCAUGAAGGGAAUUAGCCUUCUAGCCCUGGUGGCUAUCCUGCCCUUGCUGUGCCAGACUCAAGAGACUGAAGAGCAGCGGUCCUGCCAUGGGGCAUUUGAUCUUUACUUCAUUCUGGACAAGUCUGGCAGUGUUAAAAACCACUGGAUUGAAAUCUAUUCAUUUGUAGAGAGCCUUGCUGAAAAAUUCAUAAGUCCUAUGUUGAGAAUGUCUUUCAUUGUCUUCUCUUCUCGAGCAACAACCAUUCUGAAGCUGACAGAGGACAGAGAAGCAAUACGAGGUGGAUUGCAGAUUCUACGCACAGAAGUUCCUGGAGGGGAUACAUUUAUGCAUGAAGGAUUUAAAAAGGCAAAUGAACAGAUUUUUCAUGAAACCCAUGGCGGUGUCCGUACAGCUAGUGUUAUUAUUGCUCUAACAGAUGGAGAGCUACAGCAAACACAAUUCUACUAUGCAGAACAAGAAGCUGAGAGAGCAAGAAGUUUUGGUGCCAUAGUAUACUGUGUAGGUGUAAAAGACUUUAAUGAAACACAGCUCUCUACUAUUGCUGAUAGCAUUGACCAUGUGUUUCCUGUAACUGGUGGUUUUCAUGCUCUACAGGGAGUUAUUGACUCGAUACUGAAGAAAUCCUGUAUUGAGAUUCUGGCUGUUGAGCCAUCAACUGUGUGUGCAGGGGAAUCCUUUCAGGUUGUGGUACGAGGGAAUGGAUUUUACCAUGCACGCAAUAUUGACCAAGUGCUCUGCAGUUUUAAGAUAAAUGAUACUAUAACCCAAAAUGAAAAGCCAUCAGAUAUACAAGAUACAUACCUACUUUGUCCAGCCCCUGUGCUAGAGGAUGUUGGACAGGUAGUGUAUCUGCAAGUUAGUAUGAACAAAGGACUCACCUUCAUCUCCAGCUCUGUGAGCAUCACCAGCACACAUUGUCGCACUGGGAUCAUUCUCUUCAUUGCUCUGCUGGUGCUCUUUCUGCUCCUUCUCCUGGCUCUGCUUUGGUGGUUCUGGCCACUCUGCUGCACUGUGGUUAUUAAGGAGCCGCCUCCUCCUCCUCCUCCAGAGCCUGAAUCUGAUGAUGAGGAUGGCUUACCUAAAAAAAAGUGGCCCACUGUAGAUGCUUCUUAUUAUGGAGGAAGAGGAGUAGGAGGAAUUAAAAGGAUGGAGGUAAGAUGGGGAGAUAAGGGUUCAACAGAAGAGGGGGCCAAGCUGGAAAAACCCAAAAAUGCCAUUAUAAAGUUACCAGAGCAGGAAUUUGAACCAUGGGAGCCUAAGCCAAAGAAGAACUCUGCACGUAGAUUUCCACAGCAGAGAAAGUGGUACAGUCCAAUAAAAGGCAAACUAGAUGCAUUGUGGGCUCUCCUACGAAGAGGCUAUGACCAGGUGUCUUUAAUGAGGCCCCAGGCUGGAGAUAAGGGACGCUGUAUUAAUUUUACAAGAGUGAAAGCUGAUGGCACAUCAACUAUCUAUACACCAUCUGCCACCAACCCGACAACAAAUAAUAUUCAUAAGCCUCCUCCACAAAGGCAUCCACCACCAGGACCUCCACCUUCACGGGUGCCUCCAGGACCUCCACCUGCUCGUCCACCUCCUCAUCCAGUUAAUUGAGCCCAAUCUUCAGUGUUAUUAUUGUUGGACUGAAACUGGUAUAAUUCUGGCAGCUGCAUGGCCGAUACCCCAGUGUAGCUCUGGGCAAAUAGAUGAACAAACUGCACUUUGACUAACAAUCUCCAAAAUAAUCUUCUUCAAAUUAUACUAUACAAUGUAUCACUGGUUUGCAAUACAAUAGGUUAUAUAUAUAUAUAUAUAUAUAUAUAUAUAAUCGCAACUGAGGGCAAAACCUGGUCUGAAGCCACCUCUUUAUUUGUUGAAAAAAGGCAAUUUUUUUUAUCUGAAUCAGAAUGACUGAGGACCACUGCUGGUAUAGCAUCCAGUCAUUUUGGGAUAAAAGUAUAGUAGAUUAUUUGAUGUCACAAUGUAAAUGGUGAAGAUUAGCAGAACAUUGUGACUGCAGUUCAUAGAGGUCCUGUAACUUUGCACAAAAACAUACAAGUUGGGCAUAAGAAAAACAGUUCAUAGUUUGCCAGAGUGAAAUUUUUGCUGUCCAGAAAGUCUACCAUCUUUGACCAUGCAGCUGUCAUUAACACUUUUACUGCUAGAAUGACUUGCACGUGAAUCAUUGUUGUAAUACAAUGCUGGUAUUUCUGGCGGGAAAUGGGUUAUUUGAAUCCAGUCUAUUUAUUCUGUGUCUUGAUUUUUAAGAUAAGGCAAAUUGAGUUUGUUGCUGGCCAGCAAAAUCAGCCCAAUUUGUGCUCAGGUUACAGCCUGACCUCAUAACAUUCCACACUUACUCAUCUCCUUUAUUGCCAUACAGGUAUAUGUUGUAUAUAGUAUAAAGUCUCUGUUUUUCAUGUGACUUCUUCAACUCUGAAUCUUAUGUAAUUGCACAGUGGAAGAGAACGACGUUAUCUUGUAUGUUGCUCAGGGCUUGGCAGUGGGGUUCUAGCCUCCAGUCCAGCAGUUGAAUACAGCUAGAGCCUUCUGUGUAGUUGGAUGGUGCAAGUUAUGUUUAUUGUAUUUUCUAUGAUAAAUAUGUAUGUGAAACAGUGAAGGUUCUGUACAGAAUAUAAGAAAAGCAAAGAAAAAUUAGUGGUACUGCUGGUUCAGUAAGAGUAAUUUAUAUUGUGCUGAAAUGUUUACCUUCCCCUGUAGGUGGGAGCUAUGACAUGGAGAUUCAGAGUACGUCCUUUUGGGAAAUCUUCAUUGAAGACUCCUAUUUAAAGGAAUGCAUUUGUUUUUGGAAAAGCCAAGUAUUUUCUGUAUAAAAUAAGCAAGACAUUAAGUAACUGUAGCCCUGCCUUUGCUUAAAUAAAAAUUCCUUUAUAAAUGUUAAAUAUGGAGAAUCAAGUUGCUGGUGACCAGCAGAUGUUUAACUUGAAUUCCUAUAAUUCUAACUCAACUGUGGUCUUUAUUAAGAUUCAGAAAAUUGUAGUUCUGCUGUGGUACAUUCCCACGCCCUUUUUUUGCAGCACAAAUCUGUAACCAUGUUGUUUCCAAAUAAAUGAUGAUCUCAUUUUUUUUUUUUUUACUAAUAAGCAAAUGUUUCUACUCCUUUUCACAGCUGGUUGAUGGGAUGCCUGUUCUUUUGAACUAGCAACCCAGAAGUAUUUUCAUUCUUAGGGUGAAAAUCAGCCACACAGUAACAUAAAUAUUUUACAUUUUUUUUUCUGAUAUUUGGUUUCAGCAUUGUUUUUUUAAAAUAUUUUUUUCAUCUUUGUACUAGGGUCUGAAUGUCACUUUUGUAUAUCAAUGAUGAAAGAAUGCAUCUGACACCAAAUUUCAUGCAAUUAUAUCAGUUUAUCGUAAUGAGAACCUCUGACUUAUGGGCAGUGCAUAAAAAAACAACACUGGUAGCAUAAUAUCCUGCAGCAGAUGGUAGUCCUAUUCAUUGCUGGGCUUUGACCAUAAGAAGGUUACAUCUUCUGGCCACAUCCUUAAUUCUCUUUCCAAGAGAUUUGUAUUAAAACCAGAAUCUGCUUUGUGUCUUACAGCAGAUGCUGCCAAACAGAAUAGAAGAUCAAAGUGACAUGUUCAUAUUAAGUUUGAUACAAAGUUCCCUAGGGAGUAUUUUUUAUUUCCUUUAUGCUCUUUUUAUUUUUUAUAUAUAUAUAUAUAUAUAUAUAUAUAGUUUAUUUUUCACCUUCUGCCUUAUGCUGUAUUUUUUUCUGCAUCGCACCUGGAGCGAUCUUUUUUGCCUGUUAUUUUUGUGUAUAUGUAUGCUUUAAUUUCAUAAUUACUUGGGUAGCUUUUUAAAAUAUUAAAAUAUGUUUGCAAGCUUAUGACAUCUGACAUGCAAGCUGGCUUAAAGGGGGGUGUAAGCACACAAAUGUUCAAUGGUUUUAAAGUGAUUUGCAAUUAUAAUUGCAAUCUAAUGCAGUAUAUGUCUACCCCUUUCUGUAAGACAGGCUCUGACUUUUGAAAUAAUUUAGCAGAAGUUAGCUCUUCUUCUUCCAAGGCUCCAGUUUUGUACAGUGUCUUGCAUUCAUAUUCACAUGUCUGUUUAUCAGCUGGCUUCUGCUUCUGCUACUGCUUCUUCUGACUUUUUAGUAUAGUCAGAAAAAGCAGUGCCAAUGAUAAAAAGUGGCAGCAAUUAUAUUUACAAAUAACUUUUAGAACAUUAAAAAAAUAUUUACUAAAUUUUUUUUAAUGGCAAGUUAAUUAGAAUUAAGGUUUUUCUUCAGUAGGUAAAAUGUAUUUUUGGUUUACAUCUCCUUUAAGAAAAUGAAUAAGAACGCUUUUUACUCCACUUGUAAAUCAUAGAGUAAGCAGGAAGGUGGUAUAUGCCAAUAUUUCAUAGUCUUCAACAACAUCCAGGUACAUGUAUAUACAAAUCACAUUAUAAUCAUUUUCUAUCUAAUGGUCAAUAAACAUUGUCAAUAAAAGAGAUUUCAUUGCA